AUGGGGGAACAAUCGGUUGGUGAGUCUAGUCAUCAAAAGCUAACGUUUGCUGAACUUGUUAUGGGAAAAAACAAGAAAAACCAUGUUUCUACUGCUAUCGACAUUACUACUCUACCAAACCCUAUUAUCAAAGAUGGAAAACCAGUUGUGGUUAUUCUGCAAGAUUGUUUUGAAGAGGGCUGUCAAAUAUGGUGCUUCAGUCUCAUUGGGAGGCUGGAUCUCAAGGAUAUCAAACUCAAUGAUGUUAAGAUUAACUUGGGACAACAAUGGAAGCUUGGAGAGGCUAAGGUGCAGUUCAUCCCCAUGAACCGGGGAUUCUUCAUCAUCAAGUUGUUAACACAGGAAGACAAAGAAAAAGUUUAUCGUGAGGGUAACAAGGAUCCAUGGAUUGUGAAUGAGAAACCUUUACGUCUGAUCAAAUGGUAUCCAGGGUUCGAUGCUGAUAAACAAUGUACCUCUCAUUCUACCGUCUGGGUCAAGUUUCCAGGUCUUCCGGUUGAAAUGUGGGUGGAGAAGACGCUGUUAGCUUUGGGAAAAUCUCUUGGAACUCCUAUUGUGGUUGAUAAGCGAACCCUAAACCAUGAGCCGAAAUACUGUUCCAAGUGCAAAAUAGUUGGUCACCUAGACUCAGAGUGCAGAAAGAAGCAUGUUACUGCAGUUAAUACGCCACCCGCUACUGCCAGUACGUCGCAACAAUCUAAUGCUCUAGUUAUCCACCAGGGUGACACUAAUACAGCAUGGCAAGUUUCAGGUCAAAAGAAGAAUGGUAAAAAAAAUCGAAAGGGAACAGUUGAUAACAACGUACAGCCUGCUACUGUGAGCAUUGAAGAAACUGUUGAGUUGUAA